AUGUCCACCCUCCUUGUCCCCCAUCCCAGCCCCGCCGCCUGGACCUUCACCCAAGGCUUCCUCUUCGGCCAGGCCACCGUCAUCCUCCUCGGCCUCCUCUUCGUGCGCUAUGUCGUAUUCUCCCCCGCCGACGCCCUCGAUCCCGUAGCCUGGCGGCAGCGCCGCGAAGAACGGGCAAAGAAAGCGCUUCUGUCGACUACGGCCGUGCCCCCGCCUCCGACGAGCUACCUUCUCGACAACACGGGGUAUGACAUGGCGACGCAUCCCGCCGAAUCGGCCGACUGGAUCAAUGUCGUCGGCGCACAAAUUCUGCAAGGCUAUCGGAACGAUCUGCUGAGCAGUGGCGGCGAAGAAGGUGCCAGGAAGCAGUUUGAACGCUGGCUCAACCCGCCUGGUCGUACACUGUCUUGGCUGGACCCGAUUGACGUGACGUCGGUCAGUCUAGGCAAGACAUUCCCCCUGCUGUCGAAUGCAAGAAUGCGUCCUGCCGAUGACCAGGGAAGAGUCCGGUGCGAGAUCGACGUCGACUUCGCCGACAGCAUCAGCCUCACCGUCGCGACUAGCGUGCUGGUCAACUUCCCGCGCCCGCGCUUCGCCGUUCUCCCAGUGCAGAUCGGCGUUGAGCUCGUGUCUGUCGGAGGCACGCUGAGCGUGCAGAUCCACCACCCCAAGGAUGACAGACAGCACCUGCACGUGUGCCUCCUCCCCGACUUCCACCUCAACCUAAAGACGACGAGUCUGCUCGGUAGCAGGGCAAAGUUGCAAGAUAUUCCCAAACUCGAGCAACUCAUUGUUGCCCGUCUCCGCGCCGUAAUCCAGGAUCGCUUCGUCUACCCGCACCACCUGACCUUCGGCCUUCCGCGUCUCCUCUCCCGACCUGACUCGCCCAAUGCUGUCCCGGUUAUUCCGACUGAGACGGACCUGCGGACAGUCGCGCUGAACGCCAUGUCCCAGGGCAUAGGGCGGCUGGGACAGGACCUUGCCGACAGAGUAGCAGCGCUCGCACCGACGGACAGCGCGAGCGCGUUGGCGAGCGAGGACAUUGACGCGAGCGCGUCGACGGUCGACGCUGAGGACGGCGAGGUCAUUGUGGUCGACGAGGUUGAGCGCGCGCCGCGGCGUCUGCCUCCCCCCAUGGUACCACGGCCUGGAAUAGUGAGCUCGGCGUCGAGUGGGGCGCCUGGGCCUGCAACGAGUGUGACUGCGAGCUCGGCGGUGCGGUCCAUGACGCCGGACGAUAUGCGACGGCGCAUGCCGCCCCUGAGUGGGGAGCGGCGGUUAGGAGCGCUUAACUCGCGGGCGGCGAGUUGA